CCCUUCCCGUCCAUCCGUCCCUCGGCGCUCGCCCCGCCCUCCGCCGGGCUCCGCUCCCGGGGCCGCCGCGUCCCCGCCGCUGAGGCCCGCGGAGGACGAUGCCGCUGCCGCCCCCGCGCCGCCCGCGCGCCGCCCCCGCGGGGCCGCCGAGCCCGCGCUGCUGAGGCCGCCAUGGCCGCCAGCGGCCCGCCGCCCUUCGGGGACCCGGGCGAGAUGCGGGAGGGCUUCCUGUGCCCGCUCUGCCUGAAGGACCUCCAGGCGUUCCAGCAGCUGCAGGCGCACUACGAGGAGGAGCACUCGGGCGAGGAGCGGGACGUGCGGGGACAGCUCAGAAAUCUAGUCCAGAAGGCCAAAAGAGCAAAGAAGAAAUUGCUGAAACAAGAAGAUGACAGAACUGAUUCUGGGUCUCAGGAGCGAUACGAGUCAUUCAGCUAUGGUGGAGUAGAUCCCUACAUGUGGGAGCCUCAGGAAGUAGGUGCUAUGAGAAGCCAUCUUUCUGAUUUCAAGAAGCACCGAGCAGCCAGGAUUGAUCACUAUGUAGUUGAAGUUAAUAAGUUAAUUAUCAGGUUAGAAAAGCUUACAUCAUUUGACAGAGCAAACACUGAGUCAGCUAAAAUAAGAGCUAUAGAGAAGUCUGUUGUGCCUUGGGUCAGUGAUCAGGAUGUUCCCUUCUGCCCAGACUGUGGCAGUAAGUUCAGUAUUCGAAACCGACGCCACCACUGCCGCCUUUGUGGGUCCAUUAUGUGCAAGAAGUGCACAGAACUUGUCAGUCUUCCUUUGGCAAGCAAACUCACGAGUGCCAGCAAAGAGGCCCUGAGUGCUCAUACCAGCCCGACCUCCUCACCCAGCAGUGUCCAUGGCUCCCGCCGUGGCAGCAUCAGCAGCGUCAGCAGCGUCAGCUCCGUUCUGGAUGAGAAGGACGAUGAGCGGAUCCGUUGCUGCCAGCACUGCAAAGAUACCCUGUUGAAAAGAGAACAGCAGAUUGAUGAGAGAGAGCACACCCCAGAGAUUGUGAAACUCUAUGAGAAACUCCGACUCUGCAUGGAGAAGGUUGACCAGAAGGCACCAGAAUACAUAAGGAUGGCAGAAUCACUUAAUGCUGGGGAGACAACCUACAAUCUUGAACAUGCUAAUGACUUGAGGGUGGAGAUUCAAAAAGUGUACGAAUUUAUAGAUGCUCUAAGUAAGAAGAUUUUGAGUCUAGGCUUGCAUGAAGAUCCCCAACCUCACCCUAAAACUCUACAACUUCAGAGAAUGAUAAGAUAUUCAGCUACACUUUUUGUUCAGGAAAAACUGCUUGGCCUAAUGUCCCUGCCAACCAAAGACCAGUACGAAGAACUGAAGAAGAGAAGACUGCAGAUGAUGGCUCUUGAAACACAGGGAAAACAAGAUGAAAAGCAGAAAGACUUUAUCUCCAGAUCUGCAGCUGCACUUAAUGGUGAUACAACACACCUGAGAAAAGGAAUAGUCAGGAAGUCUGAAGGCUGGUUACCUACAUCUAGCAUAUCCAGAGAGAGUGAGAUAGCAGACCCACUUCUUCAGCAGAUUGACAAUAUCACAUCCUUCAUUAAACAAGCAAAGGCAGCAAACAGGAUAGACGAGGUCCGUAUGUUGCAGGAGAACCUGAGGCAGCUGCAGGAUGAGUAUGACCAACAACAAACCUUGAAAGCUAUCGAGCUUUCUAAAAAACAGGCAGAAGAGGAAGAGAUGCAGAGGGAGGAACUUCAGAUCCUUCGUGAAAAAGAGUGGGAAAGAGAACACAAAUUGAUGUCUCAGCAUUCAAGGACACGGUCCUUAGACUUAAGAGAAGUCAAGCACCAUCAGCAUGAAGUUGCAAAAGAGAAUCGGAACUUGACAGCACAUGUGUUGGAUUUGGAUAUUACUCAGUUCAAAGGGGAGCAAAGUUUUGAAACUCAUGCUGUUGAGCAGCUGCCAGCUAAAGAGCACUUGAUCUUCACACUCAAACCCCAGAAUGUCCCACAGUGUGACAAUGACCGAGCUCAGCCAACCUGUCUAAACCCCUUUGAAGAUGAAGCUGAUACCCCUCCGUUAGAGGACGAUCCUGCUAACCCAUUUGCCAAAGACACUUCUCCAGUGGUUCCUUUCUCUAACACAGCUCUGCAAAGUGAUAGAAAAGAAUACAAUCCAUUUGAAGAUGAGGAGGAUGAUGAACAAACUAAUGGAGCACCUGGCACCACUUCAAACCCUUUUGAAGAGGAUGAAAAUCCAUUUCAAAAGCCUACAAACAAUUGGAAUUUUGGGAAUCCAUUUGAAGAGGGAUGCUCUACCAAUCCCUUUGAGGUGGAGGAUGGCAAUGAGAUCUCUGGAGAGGAGGCUAUAGAGGAGGAGCUGCUUCUCCAACAGAUAGAUAACAUCAAAGCUUAUAUAUUUGAUGCCAAGCAUAGCGGACGAAUGGAUGAGGUGGAGGUACUGACAGAGAACCUGAAGGAACUGAAGCGCACAUUAGCAAAGCAGAAGGAGAAAUCCAACUGCUGAAGCAGCAGUGGGGUUGGGUAAUAAUUAUUUGAAGUCUACUGUUAAAUAUGGGAAGGUAGAGCAGAUACAAACAGGAAUACAGGUCACAAGAGGGAAUUGGGAGAAUCUUGACUUUUAUGCACUUUCAAUCAGGCAUUUCCACUACUCAGUCUUGAAGGAGUUGCUGAGGUAUGCUGCUGGUUCCAAACGCUUACACUAAGAAAUGUUGGCAUGAGGUCUUACUGUGUGCUUAUUUUGGUCAAAGUGGUUAAGUGCUAAUAGGGAAUUACAAUUUGGAAGUGGUUGCCAUGUUGAUUUGUCAUCUUGCCCCCCUUUCUGUUGCAGUCUUGGCCUUUUGAGUUGGCUGUUGGCUAAAGAGAGAUGGAACAUUUUAUGGAACCUCUGCACCCUCUGGCAGUGACAGUGCAGGGUUGCAGGUAGAUCAGCUGCCUGAUGGUGUUACCAGAACGGGCUGUUAAAAGACCACUGUGAUUCUUUGAGGUGCAGAAUAUGCAGGCUUGCAGAUCUGUUUUGUGCAAUGCUAAUGCAUAAAGGAUUUUAAGACUGAGAACUUUAUAUCAAUGAGUGACUUUUUAAUGUGUUGGUAACAAUCCCCAAGUAACAUUUGGAUGCUGUCUUUUAAUCCCUUUCAGUUUCUGUUUGCUCUGAGCACAAACUAUGGUGUACUAGAGAGCCAUGCUGGCUUUGGAGACCUGCUUGUGUGGGAACAAAUACCUCCUUGUUUCCAUGUAAAAAGCAUCAGGCUAGCACCAUUUCAAAUUAUAAUAUAAAGGGUGACCCUCUAAUUCCUAAUUAUCUUAUGGAAUCUACACAUUCCUUUACAUUCUCUGGGUGACAGAAUGAUCAUGUUUGUCAUAUAUGUGAGACUGGAACCCUCUUGUAGCAUUCAAGGAAAAAAAUACCUUGUUUAAAAUGGAGAGCUGAAGGGCCACUGAACUGGAAUUCAUUGAAAGCUGGGAGACAAAGUCUGUGGCUACAGUAGUGCCAAACAGCAGUUCUCUUUUGUAUUUGGUUCCCACCAGAAGCUGUUGGGAGAAUCAGGCAUGUCUAUCUUAAAAAGGAAGCUCCACGUUGGAGUCAUCUUGUGCCCCUGUGGUCCAGGGGAUGCCUAGGUGACAGCCAGCAGCUGUGAUGCCAGAGGGCUUCUGAAGGUCGGUAUCCAAAAUGCAGGAUCACUUCAGGGUGAGGACAGCCUCUGUCUCUGCAAAACAUGGAGCCUGAGCUGCUCUGAUUUUUAUCUUUGAAAGGCAGAGGUCUAUCAUCAGGCAUCAGUGUUUGAAAGGGUGGUGGGGAGGGGUUAGUCUCAAGGGUGUAUUUAUUUUAAGCUGAAAUAGAGGAAAAUCAGGCAGAUCACACUGUAUAGCACAAAUAGUAGUGAGCUUACUCAGAUGUCCCUUAACUGUGUCUCUGAUAAUAUAUAUCAACAUAUCUGUAACCCAAGCAUUGCAUAGUAUUUUAGAGACACAACUAAUUACACUACCUAAAGAGCAGGAAUUCCAGUUUUAUUUUGCUGCAAGUAAAUGGAGGAGGGGACUUGUGGAACUUUAAGAAAACCAAACCACCUAUUUCCUCACUUAAUGGCACUAGUCACUGAGGAGGUAAGAGUAGCCAGUGAAGGAGAGCUGAUGUUCUUACUGUAGCCUAAAUCUGCAGCUGAAAGAUGUGCAGGACAGGUUGUCUUAAGACCAUGAAGUUUUUAUACAGAGAUGUAUUAGUUGAAACGCUAUGUUAUUUUGCACCAAAUGAAAUGACAAGUGGAGGUUUCUGGAAGGUCAUAAACAAAAUUGCACAGUGGUGCCAGCUUUAUGAAGGUGGCAAGAAAAGCUAAGAUGGCAAGUGUUUAAUAGAAAUAGUAUAAAGCUAUUUAAGACAGACUUGUUUGCUAGUCAAGAGGAUUGCUCCCUGCACUGUAACCCAAAUAUUUUUUUGGCAUAAACAUGAAAAAUAUUUCAGUGGUUUCAGCUUUCACAUUAAAAAAGUGGUUUUCCUGGUUGCAACUAUCCUGCCUUGUUUGUAUUUUCAGUUUAAUACACUAAUAAUUAAAGUAUCCUUAUUCUACAUGUAAUAAUGUAUUUUUACAAGCAGGUAACUGACUAGCAUACCUCAUGAUUGUUGUCAGUGUUAAACGUGAUAGACUAGACAUCUGAUACUGAAGUCAUCUCCAAAGUGAAGACCUUACGCUGGUAUUUGGACUGCUGUGAGGAUCACAGGGCACAAGAGAAUGAAGACAUGUUAACCAUAAAGCUCAGUAAUUAGCAUUGACUUCUGUUAAAACUGCAUGCACUACUCUGUAUGAAAACUUUGUAAACAGAGAUGAAAUAAACCAACAUGUUUAUUUUG